AACAUUAUUUCAAUCCCCUCGUCGCUGCGUCUCUCUCCCGCAACCUCAAUAAUUGUCCCCAUCGAUCGGAGAGAGAAAAACAAAACAAUCAGCGACCAUGUUGGUGUACCAGGAUCUUCUCACCGGUGAUGAGCUUCUGUCUGACUCUUUCCCUUACAAGGAGAUUGAGAAUGGAAUCCUUUGGGAAGUAGAAGGAAAGUGGGUUACCGUGGGAGCUGUUGAUGUUAACAUUGGUGCCAAUCCAUCUGCUGAAGAAGGUGGUGAAGACGAGGGUGUUGAUGACACUACUCAAAAGGUUGUUGACAUUGUCGACACCUUCAGACUUCAGGAGCAACCAACUUAUGACAAGAAGGGAUUCAUCGCCUACAUUAAGAAAUACAUCAAGCUUUUGACACCCAAGCUCGAUGAGGAACAACAAACAGCCUUCAAGAAGGGUAUUGAGGGAGCUACCAAGUUCUUGCUCCCCAAGCUCGGUGACUUCCAAUUCUUUGUUGGGGAGGGGAUGCACGAUGACAGCUCAUUGGUCUUUGCUUACUACAAGGAGGGUGCAACUAACCCAACAUUUUUGUACUUCGCACAUGGUUUGAAGGAGGUCAAGUGCUGAGCCAGAACUCUGUCCCGGCUCCAACCCAUUGCGCCCUGGGUCCAACACCCUGUUUUUUUUUUAUGUUUUAAAAUUUGGAAAAAGUUACGCAUUAUCUAUUAUCCUCUUUUUUUUUUCUAAAACAGCAAACCUUUGGAUCUGUUAUUUGUUAUCAAAACUUAUUUUCCAGUCUAAAAUAUCACAUAUUUAUGUUUAAUUUAUUUUUAUAUGUUAA